GGCACCGCGCUGGAGCACCGUUUUAUCACGUGCGAUGGCUGCGGCGCGACGCCGCUGAGGGGCCUCCGGUUCAAGUGCCAGGCGUGCCCCAACUACGACCUCUGCGGCGAGUGCUUCCCGCAGAAGCGGUCGCUGCACGGCGGCGCCUGUGCCGACCACGACUUCACGUGCGUGGUGAUGGACUGGCUGUGCAAGUUCAAAGGCGGUAGCCCGCUCGAGCAGCUCAUGAAG